GGUCUUGCUUUUUGUUCAGACCUACAGCCUGUCACGUAGCUGGGAUGACAGUACGUGCCACCAAACCCAAUUUGUUUUGUUCUCCCAAUCUCUGCCUCCUGGGUGGCUAAGAUUACAGACAGGAACCACCAUGCCUGGACACACUCAGCUUUUUAUGCCAACUAUCCAAUGUAUCCUAAAGUAUGAAACUGCAAAGUGGAGUGGAGAAAGCAUAAAGAUUGUGGGGGGUGGGAAGUGAGGAAGCAAGAGGGCAAAGAUGAAAAGUACACCUGUGUUAAAUCUCACCUUUUGAAAGUUCCUUUCCAGAGAACCUGCCUCUUAGAGAUCACGGAACUCACCUGUGUUGACCAGGGGGCAGACAGAAUCUAGACUUAAUACUUUGCUGACCAUUAUUGGCCCUCAUUUCCUUUCCCUAUCCAAAGUCUGAAACAUGCAUGGAUUUAUUCUCUUUGGUGUCAGGCAACCUGAUUUCCAUCCUCACUGCCUCUCCAAGAUGCUCCAGGUGGCCUGGAGCCCUCCGCUGCCACACAGAAGGACCUUUCCUCAGCCUCGUCCUCCUUGACCCACUCUGCAGAGAACCCUGGACAGCGUCCACUUCCUGGACGCUUUCUGAGCUGUCAGCUUUCUGAGCCCACAUCCUCCAGAGAGCCUCUGGCCUCCAACUGCUCCUUUAGCAUUUCCUUCUUACCUUCUUGCCCCAGCCCUGCCUCAGCUCCCCUCGACUUUCCACUCUCUUUAGAGAAUUCAUUUACAACCUCUUUGCUGGCUGUGGACUCCUAAAUCCUAAUUCUUUCACUCCAAUUGCCACAGGGUACCUCUAAUUGGAGGUUUUGCUGUCCUCACUUGACCUUCAGCUGUGUGGGUACCUCCAGCUGUGUGGACCUACAGCAGUUUUCCUUUGGCCAGUCCCUCUGUCUUUCUUCCCUCUGACUAUUUGGGCCCUCAGUGCCUCAUUUCUGGAGUACUCAAGAAACCCUGGGCUCCUCCACUGACAGACCCUGGUUCCUGUAGUGCAGGCAACACACAUCCAGACUCAGCUUUCUAACGCACUCAUCAGCGUGUGCCUGCGUGAAGACCUCCAUGUGUCCCUCUGGCUCCUGGAGUCGGGUUUAGUCCUCUCUGGCUCUCGGGCCUCUCUUGGUUGGCCCCGUUCCCUCAGUCCAAUCUCAUUUCCAAUGUGUCUGUAACAUGAGCUAUCCAUUCAUGUCAGGCCAGCCCUCUGGCUUGUGAGCAGACCUCACUCCUUCUUUCUUACAAAUCUAGCCCCAUCCUUCAAGCUUCAUCCUUCCCACUGUCCUUUAUCUACCUGGCCACGGUCAAAUCAACAGCAUGUGGGACCCUUUAGCCUCCACCCAACACGUGUUUCCCCGUUCACAAAUCCUUCUUGCUUUUUGUAUGUCGUUUCCCCUCACUAGGACAGGGAUCAAGUCUUCAACGUCUCCCUCAGUCUACUGCACUGUCUAGAGUCCUUAAUCCCUCACGAGUUAAAGGUGACAGACCCCCUCCCUGAUCUGGUCAUCUACUGAUGUCUAUGCUGGGUUUUCCAGGCCUUGGAACUCUAGGGAGGCCCAGAAGUUUUCCUAAUAAUAACUUUUUAUUCCUGUCAUUUCCUCUACUGUGUUUAAACUAUGCAAGUGAAUAUGGAAAAGCUUCAGAUUUGUACAUGCUAACCAAAUAGUGACUUGUGUAACAAGGGGUAGAAAUGUAAUGCUAAGCCUAUUCUUGGGUCAGAGCUACUAUUUUCUUUCUUGCUUCCUCAGUUGUGAUUUGCCAGUGUAUUUACUUUUGGCCAUGGGUAGUAAAGUGCACAAAAUUAACUUAGCACUUAUACCCACGGGCUGAAAAAGCUUCAGACUCGUGGACUUAUGUGCUUCUGCCACCAUGUUAUUUUGUCCUAACUCUCGGUCUCUGCCUGAGCUAGAAAAGGAAAGAUCUCUGGAUCCUAUAACAAGUCAGCAAGUGUGUAAUGUGACAGUUCACAUCCCUGGGGCUGGUCACAGGGGGAAGAAGGACAGAGUGGCAGUUUUAGCUCAAAGUCCCUCUUCCACCACCUGCAGCCUUUCCACCUGGGGAUCUGAGUGGCCUGUUUUGAAGAGGGAAGCCGCCUUUUUCCCCAGGUGCCCAAUGGUCGCGGUGAAGUUGCCAGCCGGGUGGCUUGAUUCCCUCUUGCAGCCGCGAAGGAAGAACGAGUGGAGAGAGGGGCGCGCCUCCUAGGGGACGUGGCCAAGAGGGAGGUGCUCGGAGGUGGAAGUCUGAAUCUGCCGGCAAGUUGUCCAUGUUUGGUCCUUCAGCUGCCCUCGAGCGCGGGGACAGCGCGUCGGGGGGGAGUGUGGCUAGGAGGGGACCCCCGAUCCCGUGGCGGGCCACCGUGCCCUACACUCCCGACCUCGCCCUUUGUCCCCUUGGAUCCCCGCGAGCAGGCCGGGUCGAGCCCGACCGGGAGGGGAAGCAGGCGGCGGUCCAGGCGAGCUGAGCUCCGUCCCCGCCCCACGCGCGGCCCCCGCCCGCCACGUCCCCUCCCGGCCGUGCCCGCGCCCGCGCCCCGAAGGCCGCCCCCUCGCGGGCAGUGCGGGCGCCGGGUUCGCGCGGCGGCGGCGGCGGCGGCGGCGGGCCCGGGUUGCCAUGGUGACCGGCGGCAGCCGCCGCCACAGCAGGGCCGGCCUCAGCGCCAGCGCCAGCGCCAGCCGCGGCUCGGCUCGGCUCGGCUCAGUGUGCGAGUGAACACGGCGGCGGCCGGCCGGGAGCGGGCGCGGCCAGGCGGCCUCAGCAUGGAGGACGGCUUCUCGAGCUACAGCAGCCUGUACGACACGUCCUCGUUGCUCCAGUUCUGCAACGAUGACAGCGCGUCUGCCGCAAGCAGCAUGGAGGUAUCAGACCGCAUUGCCUCUUUGGAACAGCGCGUCCAGAUGCAGGAAGAUGACAUCCAACUGCUCAAGUCUGCGCUGGCUGACGUGGUGCGGCGGCUGAACAUCACUGAGGAGCAGCAGGCCGUGCUUAAUAGGAAAGGACCUACCAAAGCAAGACCACUGGUGCAGACCCUGCCUUUAAGAACCACUGUCAACAAUGGCACUGUGUUACCAAAGAAACCCAGUGGCUCCCUGCCAUCCCCGUCUGGGUCCAGGAAAGAAAUCGCUGUGCCGGCAGCCAAAAGUAUCAAGCGGACCAGCUCUUCUGAACGAGUUUCACCUGGUGGCCGGAGGGAGAGCUCUGGGGACUCCAAAGGAAGCCGGAACCGUACAGGCUCAACCAGCAGUUCCUCCAGUGGCAAGAAGAACAGUGAGAGCAAACCCAAGGAGCCUGUAUUCAGUGCAGCCCUUCUGUCUCUGUCUCCGAAAUCACAAGGGAAGCGCCGGGUGAUGCACUGCAAAGAAGAAGGCUAUGUGAAAAUGUUCCUUCGUGGCCGUCCUGUUACCAUGUACAUGCCCAAAGAUCAAGUGGAUUCUUACAAUUUGGAAGCAAAAGUAGACCUGCCAACCAAGAGGCUUAAGCUGGAGUGGGUCUAUGGGUACCGGGGCCGAGACUGCCGUAAUAACCUGUACUUGCUCCCGACGGGGGAGACGGUAUAUUUCAUCGCGUCAGUGGUGGUGCUGUACAACGUGGAGGAGCAGCUUCAGAGGCAUUACUCGGGCCACAAUGACGACGUGAAGUGCCUGGCAGUUCACCCUGACAGGAUCACAAUAGCAACAGGACAGGUCGCAGGCACAGCUAAGGAUGGGAAGCAAUUGCCCCCACAUGUGCGUGUCUGGGACUCCGUGACACUGAACACCCUGCACAUCAUCGGAAUAGGCUUUUUUGACCGAGCCGUCACCUGCAUUGCAUUCUCAAAGUCUAAUGGAGGAACCAAUCUCUGUGCAGUGGAUGACUCCAAUGACCACGUGCUGUCGGUGUGGGACUGGCAGAAAGAAGAAAGACUGGCUGAUGUGAAGUGUUCUAAUGAAGCAGUGUUUGCUGCGGAUUUCCACCCCACGGACACCAAUAUCAUAGUUACCUGUGGGAAAUCACAUCUCUACUUUUGGACACUGGAAGGAAACACCCUUAUUAAGAAGCAAGGAUUAUUUGAGAAGCAAGAAAAGCCAAAGUUUGUCCUGUGUGUGACAUUUUCUGAAAACGGUGACACCAUUACUGGAGAUUCAAGUGGCAACAUCUUAGUAUGGGGAAAAGGUACAAAUCGAAUAAGCUGUGCAGUUCAGGGGGCCCAUGAGGGUGGCAUUUUUGCACUUUGUAUGCUAAGAGAUGGCACCCUGGUGUCGGGAGGUGGGAAGGACCGAAAGCUUAUUUCUUGGAAUGGAAACUAUCAAAAACUUCAUAAAACCGAGAUUCCAGAGCAGUUUGGCCCGAUACGGACAGUGGCGGAGGGCAAAGGUGAUGUCAUCUUGAUAGGCACAACUAGAAACUUUGUCCUGCAGGGUACCCUGUCAGGGGACUUUGCGCCUAUCACUCAGGGUCACACUGAUGAGCUCUGGGGACUGGCCAUCCAUGCCUCCAGACCUCAGUUCCUGACCUGUGGGCAUGAUAAGCACGCCACUCUCUGGGACGCUGUUGGUCACCGGCCCAUCUGGGACAAAAUCAUAGAGGAUCCAGCUCAGUCUUCUGGUUUUCAUCCUUCAGGGUCUGUGGUUGCGGUGGGAACACUGACUGGGAGGUGGUUUGUGUUUGACACAGAAACAAAAGACUUGGUCACUGUCCACACGGAUGGAAAUGAACAGCUGUCUGUAAUGCGUUAUUCACCAGAUGGGAACUUCUUAGCAAUAGGCUCUCAUGACAACUGUAUCUAUAUAUAUGGAGUUGGCGAGAGCGGGAGAAAGUACACACGGGUUGGCAAAUGUUCUGGUCAUUCCAGCUUCAUCACCCACCUGGACUGGUCUAUAAACUCACAGUUCCUUGUGUCGAAUUCUGGAGACUAUGAAAUCCUUUACUGGGUUCCUUCUGCUUGUAAGCAAGUUGUGAGUGUGGAGACUACAAGAGACAUUGAGUGGGCUACGUACACCUGCACUUUGGGAUUCCACGUUUUUGGAGUGUGGCCAGAAGGUUCAGACGGAACCGACAUUAAUGCAGUCUGUCGAGCCCAUGAGAAAAAACUGCUGUCAACAGGUGACGACUUCGGCAAAGUGCACCUCUUCUCCUACCCCUGCUCACAGUUCAGGGCUCCAAGCCACAUCUACGGCGGGCACAGCAGCCAUGUCACCAAUGUUGACUUCCUUUGUGAAGAUAGUCACCUCAUCUCCACGGGUGGGAAAGACACAAGCAUCAUGCAGUGGCGGGUCAUUUAGUCCCCGAAGAGCCCUGGGAGGUCAUGCCCGAGAAGACACAGACUCGUGUUCCACUUGGUCACUGUGAUUUCUGUUUUGUCUAAAAAUUCUUACAAACCUCAGGAAAACUAUCCCUCUACCAGUUAAAUUAGCUUAGGGAGUCAGCGAGCGUCACACCAGAGAAGCAGUUCCAUUUCCACUUUUGUUGUACAGUACACGAAGCACUGCACAUUGGAAAUAGAAGAGGUCCCAAGGUUUACGUGUGGUGGCACGCACAGAAGGGACUGGUGUCUCCUUAGUAACUUUUCUAUGAACUCUUCAAAAACAGUCACAGAAUGCCUUUUAAAAUAUUGUAUAUAGUCUUCACAGUUCACCAUCUAGCUUGCUAAGACAAAUAUUUAUAAUAAUGAGGUACCGAACCGUGAUUGCUGUCGACUAAUUUGUCCUAAAAGGAUAAAUCCCUUGAGAAGAGAGUGAAUGACUGAUUUGCACAGCUGAAUCAGGAAUGCAAAUAAAGAGACUUUCUUUGGCUACAUUUUCUAAGGUUUCAUUAGAUUCUCCCUUUGAGAGGCUGGCAAGGAAAGGGUUGUAGUCUGCUGGUGUGGGCGGAUUCUACUUCAGAUUAACAAGCUACGGCAGCAGGGUGUGCAGGCGAGGCUGUGUUCCAGGUCACCUGUCCUGUCUAACCAGACAGUUAGCCUCUUUGCAUCGCCAUGAAUUGCGUCCGCUGCCCCCAUUACAUGCCCCGAUUCAUGGCAAGACAUUUAGCCACCUUCCUCUGUAUAUUAAUGGCAUGAUACGGUAUUGUGCUUGUAUAGGAUGUUAGUGACUCAUAAUAAGCACCCAAGGCUAGGCUUCACUGUUCUAUGCUAUGGACAUUGGAUGUUUGUACCUGACGACCAAGUAGAGAAGGAAUCUCUUCAGUGUACCAGCAACCUGCGGAGAGGAGGUCAAAAGGCUCCAGGUACCAAGGGCAGUUCCUUUCCCUGUCUCUUGUACACGGAUGGCUCGUGGCAGUGUGGAAUAAAACUGUUCUGAGGAGUAGAACAUAGGCAUAAAUUUGUUAAGAAGGCCUUACCCAUUGUGUGACAGAUUGAAUUUAUUGUUUACAUUGGGGAAUGUAUCUUGGAUUUUUAAAUAGAAGAGUAAUAAACAGACUUAAGUACAAAUAUUAAGAUUUUUACUCGUUCUAGGAAAGUAAAUGAAUUAUCUGAGCUCUACAGCACUGGUUGUUUAGAGUGGCUGAUUAAAUGCUACAUUUGGAAACGUGUUUCUUGACAUCUCUAGCCUGCUGCAGAAGUGCAGAGCACCAGUAAGCCACAUGCACUGAAGAUGAAUCUGUUUGUAUGUAUCCUUAUCAAAUAUAUUCUAUAAUGAAAAUAAAAUCUGAAAAGUGGAUUCUUAUAUUUGUGAAAG